UGUUGUCACCUACCAGGAUAUGCUGGAAUUUCACCAUGGACAAUACAUGCCAAUCUCAGGCCAAUAAUCAAUACUAUAUAAGGUGGAGAUGGCUCUGGGUUUUUCCACCACCUGUCCUUGGUCUCCGAACUCCAUCAGAAGCAGAGAAUCCAGGCUCUAACAUGGUGAAGUUUCUGCUGAUUGUUCUUGCAUUAGGUGUAUCCUGUGCACAUCAUGAAAAUCUUGAUAUCAGUCCCUCAGAGGUUAAUGGGGACUGGCGCACCCUUUACAUAGUUGCAGAUAAUGUGGAGAAGGUAGCAGAAGGUGGAUCCCUGAGAGCUUACUUUCAGCACAUGGAAUGUGGUGAUGAAUGCCAGGAACUCAAAAUCAUAUUCAAUGUCAAGUUGGACAGUGAAUGUCAGACACACACUGUUGUGGGACAAAAACAUGAAGAUGGGCGGUACACUACUGACUACUCUGGUAGAAAUUACUUCCAUGUUUUGAAGAAGACAGAUGACAUUAUUUUCUUUCACAACGUUAAUGUCGAUGAGAGUGGAAAGGAGACAAAUGUGAUUUUAGUUGCUGGGAAACGAGAGGACCUGAACAAAGCACAGAAACAGGAGCUUAGGAAGCUGGCUGAGGAAUAUAAUAUUCCAAACGAGAAUACUCAGCACUUGGUGCCCACAGGUAACAUCAUCGUGCUUCACACCGAAAACACUUGCACUUGAAAAUAUCCAGAAUAAUCAUCAUUUCAGCCUUUUAAAUGAGAUUUUUAAUUAUUUAAAGUCACUGGAAAUAUUAAGGAGCUCUAACAAUGUUUUUUUUUGUUUGUUUGUGGUUAUUUCCUUCUUCACUUGUCUGUCACAGACACUUGUAACCAAUAAAGACACCAUAUGGGUGAGUACAAGCAGGGCAGUUGAGCCAGCUAAUAUUUUAAUCUUCUAGAAAUUCAUUCAUUAGUCUAUUAGUUAUGCAUUUAACAGACAAUUCUAUCUAUAAUUCUAACUACAUAUAUAAUCAGAGGGGCAAACCUAUGAUUUAUGUUGCUGUUAAUCUUUAUAACUUGGGAAAAAGUGACUCUCCUACUGCAAAGUGUAGAUUUCUUUUAUCUUAAAGGUGAUGGGGAAGAAUUUUGGGAAACUCUUGACUUUUAAAAAUAAGUGAUAUUUGUGAUACUCAAGAGUGUAUCUUGUAUUUGGGAAUACUCUAAAUGUAAAUGAAAUUUGUAGAAGUCUCUUUAGUCACUACCUUGCACAUAGCUUUUGUGGUAGGUAACAUUUAUACAGAAAAAUGUCAAUCUCAAGUCCUGUAUAGUGUUAUGGAAGUAAAGCAAGGACCAACAUAGGUCUAACCCUGUGACAUGUGUAAUUUUUAAAAUCAAACCUUCUACCAUAUUCCUCAUUGAUUAAUUUUUGUUUUUCAUUUUCAAUCUCAGAAAGAUCAUGUCAGUACCAUCUCCUCAUGCAAUCUUACUUUUUUGUUUGUUUGUCUUACUUUCUGCUUUUGAAGCUUCACAAAGGACAGCAAGGUCAACAAUAUUUCCCACAUCACCUUUUCCAUGAAAUCAGAAUCGUGACAAUGAAGAUAACUCAUCCUUUUCUUACUUUUUCUUUUCAUCUUUCCUAUGAAGCCAGAAAAUCUGCUUCGUGGAUUUGUUUCCCACCCUCCUAUCAUGGUACUGAUUCUUCUGUUGAUGAAAUAAAUUGAUUUUUCAUGCACA